AACAGUAACACACAUGAGCGUCUCAGGUCAGAACUAUAAUGGUAACACAUGUGAGCAUCUCUUAUAUUUUCACACGCACCAUGUAUCCCCCUAGAAGUUCCACACAAACAUCAGAGCCCAGGAAAAGUUCCCUUUUAAGCAGAUGUCCAGGGCAUACCGAGAAGGAAGCGGGACACUCCGGAAGUCAGGAGGGAUUGUCUCGUGAAUGAGGGGUUGAGGAUCCAUCAGGAGCAGGGGAAGACUACUGAGCUGAAGGCUACACACUCUACACACUCGGCCUGUGCUUGAGAGGCUCAGAGAUGCCAGGUGAGCAGUCCUAGAGCAGGGACACACAUGUCUGUGUUCUCUGCACCGUCGGGGAAGCCGCUGAGCCGAUUUCCAUCACUAAUUGACCCAAUUAUCUCUGAGCCUGUUGGUUAUGUCUGGGAGACACAGCUAGCUUCCGGCUUUCCAGAAGAUUGUCUGAGAAACUAGGCAUGCCAACACGAGCUCCCGAGACGUUCAUUAGGGGAGAUGAACAGCCGGAGUUAUUUUGGAGGUCACUGCCGUCAUUGGUGUCACGUAGGGAAGGUUUUAGAAGACCUGUGAUCUAUUGCCGUUCUAUAAAGAUUCAAGGACCGAGGCUGGAGGAGCCACUCCAGGUAGGGCCAACAGCCAGAGAGAACAGGGACUUGGGCUGGACAUGGGGCUCGGUAGUAGACGUGAGCUGGAGCUACAGCUUGCCGUGUUUCAGCUUGGCAGACCUUAGACCGCUGUUCUGUUAUGGUGACCUUUCAGCGUGGCCCAGGACGACAGCGUGGCAGUGUUCUUGUGGCGACUGACCACCGCAAUGAUCUUUGGGUUUUUUUUUUUGUAGUACAAGGGGCUUGUUUCAGUUGUAACCCCGCCCCCCGCAACAAUGCACAUCUUGCUCCAGUUCCCUUGUCCAAUUCUUCUUAAUCGCAUCAGUUCUGUGACACCCACCCGCCCCAAUCCCACGUGUCUCAUUGUCGCCUCUCGGAACUACUGUGGAUUUGGUGAGGGAAAUUAGGCGGAGCCGAUGUUACAAGUGAAUUUCCCCAGAAGCUGCCGCGAGUAAGUCAGAGGAAGGAGGACCGGGAGGGAGGAGGUCUCAGUUGCAGCCAUGCUGAAUCACUGUUGCUGACCAGAAUCCCUCACCGGGCUGCUGGGAGAACCCCGAGAGCAGCGCUCGCUCCUGGGUGCAUGCACAGUUUGGCGGCUACUAACCCCGCUGGGCCUCCCACAAUGGAGGGCGAAAGCGUCAAGCUGAGCCCUCAGUCCACGGUGCAGGCCCAGGAUGAUGAGGAGAGCCGGAGGACGGUCACUGUCAACCCUGCCCACAUGGGAAAGGCCUUCAAGGUCAUGAAUGAGCUUCGAAGUAAGCAGCUGCUGUGUGACGUGAUGAUUGUGGCAGAAGACGUGGAGAUAGAAGCCCACCGAGUGGUCCUGGCGGCCUGCAGCCCUUACUUCUGUGCGAUGUUCACAGGUGACAUGUCUGAGAGUAAAGCCAAGAAGAUUGAAAUCAAGGACGUGGAUGGGCAGACUCUCAGCAAGCUGAUUGAUUACAUCUACACGGCAGAAAUUGAGGUGACCGAAGAGAACGUGCAGGUAAUCUCUGCCGCUGGCCCAUGUGCCACACACUCUGUCCCUCUUGGAGCAGAGCAGCACUUCCCGGAGGUGAUGCUGGGGGAAGAGUUUCUGAGCUUAAGUCUGGACCAGGUGUGCAGCUUGAUAUCCAGUGACAAGCUGACUGUCUCUUCAGAAGAGAAGACAGUCGAGGAGGAGGCUCUGAUAAAGAAUAAUAACACCUGUAAGGAUUUCCUCAUCGAGGCCAUGAAGUACCAUCUCCUGCCCCUUGACCAAAGGCUCUUGAUCAAGAACCCCAGGACCAAGCCCCGGACUCCGGUCAGCCUGCCCAAGGUCAUGAUUGUGGUUGGUGGCCAGGCGCCUAAGGCGAUCCGCAGCGUGGAGUGCUAUGACUUUGAGGAGGGCCGCUGGGACCAGAUAGCUGAGCUUCCUUCCAGGAGAUGCAGAGCAGGUGUGGUGUUCAUGGCUGGCCACGUAUAUGCUGUGGGCGGCUUUAACGGUUCUCUGCGGGUGCGGACGGUGGAUGUAUAUGACGGCGUGAAGGACCAGUGGACGUCCAUUGCCAGCAUGCAGGAGCGCCGGAGCACGCUGGGUGCGGCCGUGCUCAAUGACCUCCUCUACGCAGUUGGAGGCUUUGACGGCAGCACCGGUCUGGCGUCAGUAGAAGCAUACAGCUACAAGACCAAUGAGUGGUUCUUCGUGGCCCCAAUGAACACACGGCGGAGCAGCGUGGGAGUGGGUGUUGUGGAGGGGAAGCUGUAUGCUGUCGGGGGUUACGAUGGGGCUUCCAGGCAGUGCCUGAGCACCGUGGAGCAGUACAACCCAGCCACCAACGAGUGGAUAUAUGUGGCAGACAUGAGCACCCGACGCAGUGGCGCUGGCGUUGGGGUGCUCAGCGGACAGCUGUAUGCCACGGGGGGCCACGAUGGACCCUUGGUGAGGAAGAGUGUCGAGGUUUACGAUCCCGGGACAAACACCUGGAAGCAGGUGGCAGACAUGAACAUGUGCCGGCGUAACGCAGGGGUCUGUGCAGUGAACGGGCUCCUGUAUGUGGUUGGAGGGGAUGAUGGAUCCUGCAACCUGGCUUCUGUGGAGUACUACAACCCAGUCACUGACAAGUGGACCCUGCUGCCAGCCAACAUGAGCACCGGAAGGAGUUACGCAGGUGUGGCUGUGAUUCACAGAUCCUUGUGACCCAGACUCCCACUGCCAGGAGGAGGAAGAAGGAGCGGGCACUACCUGUGACCGGAGCACCGAGCGGCGGGACCAUGACAGCUGAUAAGAUUAACUGGGAGGCUCUGCAGUGAUUUGAGAACCGCCCUUACUGUCUUAGCAGGCCUUGUCCCUCUCAGUGUGGACACUGAUGGUCCACCUUCUGCUCCGAGGUGCUUUGGUUUCUGCCCUAAACAGUUGUGUUUCUGACAGCCCCACAAAAACUCCUUGGGCUUUUUGCAUGUGUGUAUGCGUGUGUGUGUCCGUGUGCAUGUGUGUAUUUCUACAGGACAAUGGAGAGAACCUUGAAGUGUGUGUGUGUGUGUGUGUGUGUGUGUGUGUGUGCUUCUACAGGACAAUGGAGAAC